AUGUCCUCUGUGCAGGAAGUACAGGAUAAGGAGAUUCCCGAUACGAUUGCCUCCAACCCGGAGGCCAAGGCUGCCAGGGACUAUGAAGAGCAUCACAAUUACAUGCAGACAGUCAACAAGUACUUCCCCGCGGUCAAAUGGUCCAUCUUCUUCGCCAUGACCAUCAUCGGCGAGGGAUAUGAGCUCGCUCUCAUAGGCAACUAUUUCUCCUUGGACCAGUUCAAGAACCUCUUCGGUUACGUUCCGCAAGGGAAAGCCGUCAAGGAGAUUCCAGCACUUUGGCAGUCCUUGAUCCUUACUUCAAGCCAGGCCGGCCAGGUCGCGGCCAUGUACUUUGCCGGUCUGUCCAUGGACAGGUUCGGGUACCGAAAGACGAUGAUGUUUUCUCUCGGAUCAAUCAUGAUUCUGCUUCUCGUCAACUUCUUCGCGCCGGCGGCCUUGCCUACGGGGGGCUACAAUGCUGGUCUCGGCAUGAUCUUCACCGGCGAGUUCCUCUUGGGACUUCCUUGGGGAGUUUUCCAGGCUUGCGUUCUACCCUACGCUUCAGAUAUCUCGCCCCUCAAGCUUCGUCCGACGCUCACCACCUUCGUCUCCAUGUGCUGGAUUUUCGGCCAGCUUUUAUCAACGGCAGCGAUCAAGGGUGUUCAGAAGAUCGAAUCCAAUGACCUCAUGGCAUAUCGCGUCCCCGUCGGCAUCCAAUGGAUAUGGCCCCUCCCCGUUCUCCUCUGCGUCUUCCUUGCUCCCGAAUCACCUUGGUGGCUUAUGCGCCAGUCUCGUUCCGACCUCGCACGCAACUCCCUUGCCAAACUCAACAAAGACCCGACGUAUCCAGUUGACGGUCAGGUCAAGGUUCUCGAGCUCACCAACGAGCAGGAGAAGAACAGCCAGGAAGCUUCCAACAUCACAUACCUCGAGUGCUUCCGCGGCAUCAACCUCCGCCGGACCAUGAUUGUCGUCACCCUAAACUUGACACAACAGCUCUGCGGUUCGGCCCUCAUGUUUUAUUCGGCCAAGGUAUACCAGAAGGCGGGUAUUGACGUCUCCAAGUCAUACGACUUUACGCUGAUUCAGUACGCAAUCGGCAUCAUCUGCAUCAUCUCUUCUUGGCCCCUGAUGAACUACGUCGGACGCAGAACCAUCUGGCUCUGGGGACUAAUGGGCUCCAUCAUUCUCACGGCAGGUGUCGGCGUGCUAGGGUUCUUCAGCGAUUUGCACCCGGCAAUUCCUUGGAUCAUGGCAGUUAUGCUCGUGGUCUUCACAGGAGUCUACAAUCUUUCCAUUGGACCCCUGGUGUACGCUAUUAACCCCGAGAUUCCUUCGACCCGACAAAAAGCCAAGACACUCGUCAUUGGCCGAGCAGCCUAUCUCGUCGCGGGACAAUUCAACAUGUGGCUUUUGCCAAGGAUGCUGGAGAGCCCACCUAAUGGAUGGGGUCUUGGACCUCGCACAGCGCUUGUGUACGCUGGUAUCAAUAGCGUCUUCUAUGUCUUGGCCUACUUUUUCUUGCCCGAGGUUCGGAACAGAACUCAGGCUGAGAUGGAUGAACUUUUCAAGCUCAACAUACCUGCUCGCAAGUUCGGCAGUACCGUGCUGACUGCUGAAUAA